CAAAAAUAUUAAUUCUUAAGUUGGCCAUGAGUUUUUAGACUAGAUUUUAAUGGAGCUAUUUAAAAAUAUUGUAGUCAAGUCACACCAAAUUUUACUGUUACCAGACUACACCUUUCUACAACCAAGAUGUGCGGCGGCUGGGCGUGUGCCUCAUAUGAACUGGCCUGCAAUAAUCCUCCAUUGUCCACAUUGCGUUACUCGGGCAGAGAUUUUAUACCCACACCUUGUGGUCCACAUGACAAGUGCUCUGUUAAGGACACCAGCUGCAGUCGAGGACAUUGCCUGGUGCCGCACAAGACGCCAAUUCAAAUGAAUCCCUGUCUUGAAUUUGAUGCACCCGUUCCACCAGUUGAUCCGGCUAAAGUCGCCGUUGACAAUUGGAAAAUGGCCUAUGAAAAGCUCACAAAAUGCUGCCAUCCAAAAUAAAUUAUAUAAAGAGUUUUGAAUUUAAA